UAUCUUCCAGUUGGUUUAGACUUAUCCGUCAUGAACAGGUCAAUAUAACUAUGUCGCGUGUUAUUAUCUCUACACUGCGAUAAAUUACAUUUAUCAAGAAGGAUAAAAUGAACAAGGAUUAAAUUAGCUUUUUCAGUGACCAUCCAAUCUUGGAAGACUGAAAGAAUAUGUUUAAAUGCUAAAUGAGGAAAGUUGCGAGUGAGCGCAAACAUUCCAAGCUGAUAGAACGUAGCUCAACGGCAAGUGAAGAAAGGUUCAGAGAAGUUGAACACCGCUGACCCGGCUCGAAAGGGAAGACGAGGACCAUGAUCUCUCAAGUUAAAACAUCAUACAUACUAAUAAUUAUGGAGACAUGGACAAUGGCGACAAACACAUCUCAGGAAAUCCCCUAUAAUACUGGCAACGACAGCUGGAGUUUCCGUUUUUAAAAACAGCCUUAUUACCCAAUUUCAGUGUACAGAGCUGGAAGGAGUACCCCUACCUCCCCAGGCUAUGCUUACUGAACUUCUGUUCUGCAAAGACUUAUGUAAGAACCACCACGUGGUCUAAAGGGUUGUGCUAUAGCGACAGCAUAAAGCUCUGCCCGUUACACUAAGCGGCACACAGGAGCUUCACAUGAGAAGAGUCCUAUCACUUGCACUCCCUUCAAGCAAGACAGCCACAGACAUUCUCAAUCAUGACAACAAUGUCACCUCCAAGCUCUACAGGCCUGAAAAAGACUAAGAAGAAUAAGGAUCAUCAUUACACAGACGUGCACGGCCUGCCAUGCAUUGAGAAGAUCGUGGCUUCUGUGGAUGAGACCCCAGAGGCCAUCAGCACUAAUAUCAGUGGAACUAUCCCAGAGUGGAUUAGUGGCAAUUUCCUCAGAAACGGACCAGGAAAGUUUGAGAUUGGUAAUAAUAAAUUCAACCACUGGUUUGAUGGAAUGGCCCUCCUGCAUCAAUUCAAAAUCGCAGGAGGCCAGGUGACCUACAAGAGCCGCUUCCUGGGCAGUGACUGCUACACAGCUAACAGUGAGAACAGCCGCAUCGUUGUGUCUGAAUUCGGGACUGUGGCCAUGCCAGACCCCUGCAAGAACUUCUUCCAACGCUUUCUGUCCCGGUUCGAACUGCCAAAAGCAUCAGAUAAUGACAAUGUGAGCUUUGUGACGUACAAGGGUGAUUACUACGUGAGCACGGAGACAAACUUCAUGCACAAGGUGGACCCUGAGACACUUGAGACAAAGGAAAAGGUGGACUGGAGCAAAUUCAUUGCUGUCAAUGGAGCUACUGCCCACCCCCACACAGACCCUGAUGGUACAACAUACAACAUGGGGAAUUCUUACUCUGCUAAAGGUGCAAUUUACAAUAUCAUCCGCGUGCCUCCGACAAAGACAACGCCAGAAAACCCAGAGGAAACCCUGGAGGGAGCUACAGUGGUCUGUUCUAUUCCUUCAGUGGACAAGGCAAGACCUUCAUACUACCACAGCUUUGCAAUGUCGGAGAAUUACGUGGUGUUUAUUGAGCAGCCUAUCAAAAUGGACCUCUUGAAGAUUGUUACAGGCAAGCUGAGAGGAAAGGGUAUCAGCGAUGGGGUCUACUGGGACCCUAAACUUGAGACCAUCUUUCAUUUGAUUAACAAGCAGACAGGCAAGCUCAACUCAGUCAAGUAUUAUGCGAAAGCGCUGUCCACAUUCCACCAGAUCAACGCCUGGGAGGAGGAUGGCCUCCUGGUUAUGGACCUCUGUGCCGCAGACGAUGGCAAAGCCAUCAACAACUACAUUGUUCAGAACAUGCGCAAGUCAGGAGAGGCUCUGGACGAGGUGUACAACACUAUGUGCAGAGUGUUCCCCCGGCGAUUUGUCUUGCCUCUCAACGUGGACAAGGAGACACCCUGUGGGCAAAAUCUGAACUCACGCCCUGACAGUACCGCCACUGCCACCAAGACUGCUAAGAACAAGGUGUUCUGUACACAUGAGGAUCUGCAUGAUGAGGAACUCCAUACGUAUGGUGGUCUCGAGUUCCCACAAAUCAACUAUGCCAAGUACAACACCAAACCAUAUCGCUACUUCUACGGUUGCGGUUUCAGACAUCUAGUAGGAGACACUCUCAUCAAGAUGGACCUCCAAGGCAAAAAAAUGAAGGUGUGGGAGCAUCCUGGACUGUACCCUUCAGAGCCUGUCUUUGUACCCUUGCCUGGCGCUACAGAAGAGGAUGACGGUGUCAUUAUGUCUGUGGUCAUCACUCCAAAUAAGGACAAGAGCACGUUCCUGUUGGUUUUGGAUGCCAAGACAUUCAAAGAGUUGGGCAGAGCAGAGGUGCCUGUGAACAUUCCCUAUGGUUUCCAUGGGACAUUCAAUUCCACUAUGACUCAUAGAAGGUGUGACUCCAAGUUUCUGGCCUCCAUCAAUAUGUCUUCCAACUCCCUAACUUGUGAAGCAUCUAUUGCAGCCCUCUCACUGUAGGAAACAAAGGCACUAUGUAUGAUCAACAUGGUGUGUACAGAUUUCAAGAAAAGCAUAUUCACCUAAUGCUUGUUUAUCAUAAAAUGUGUAUGCAGUAGAAUUGCCUGGGUACUUAACGUAAUAUGUGAUGUGGGCAAAGCACUGAACUUUAAAGUCAAAUGUGGUCUGACAUUACAAAGAAUGGAAUGAAAACCUG